AGGGGAGGAUGGGCCACCAUGAGACGCGUUUACCAUGAGACAGUCGCCAUUAUUCUUGAAUUACGCGCCAUAAUUUGUCGCGAUCCACAGAAACGUUAGGCUGAAGAUAUGUUAGUCUUAUUUAUGUUGCCGAAGAAGCCGCACGUGCAUUAACAAAAUAUUCGCCAGUCCCGAUUCGUAUUCAUCAUAGUGAAAUUUUUCCUUAAGAUCAAUUCAGUAUCUCAUAAGUGGUUUCUGAUAUACUUUGAGAUUGGUCCGAAGUUUUCAACAAGACAGGUAAUUAUCCAUUUUAUCGUUGAUAUUCAUUAUUAGCCAAUUUUUUGAUUUUUUACCAAAAUACGACAGUUUGAAAGUCAGGCAUAAGAUGGGCUACCAUGAGACACGAAUUUUGGGCCUCCUUGAGACGUGUCUCAUGGCAUGUCAAGAGGACGAAAAAGGAAAUCUGACAAAGGCCUGUUCAGUGCAGACUCGAUGAAACAGGCUGUCAAAGAUGUAAUUGUACAUAACUUGAGUUUAAGGAAGGCAGCGGAGAAAAACAACGUUAAACACCAGACAUUAGCUAGGUACGUUAAAAAAACACAAGAUACUAAAGGUAAUAAAGAAGAAUUAUCUUACCGCCCCCACUAUGAUACACGGAGAGUGUUUUCCGACGAACAGGAAAAUAUUCUGAAGGAUUUCAUUAUCAAAUGUAGCCAAAUGUGCUACGGCAGGUCCACAAAAGAUGUUAGACAGUUAGCUUAUGAACUUGCCGUCCACAACAAAAUUCAUAUCCCAAAGCAAUGGAUAGAGAAUAAGACAGCGGGGGUGGACUGGUUACAGGGGUUCAUGAAACGUCACCCAGAACUGAGUAUUAGGCAACCAGAAGCCUGCAGCCUUUCUAGAGCUACAUCCUUCAAUCGCAACAACGUCGAGCAGUUUUUUCGAAACUUACAAGAUGUAUUGAAGCGCUACAAUGGUUUUGCCGCUGGAACUCGUGUCUAUAAUCUGGACGAGACCUCCACAACCACAGUCCAAAAAUCCUCAAGGAUUUUAGCGAAAAAAGGAGUGAAGCAAAUAAACAAGGUGACUAGUGGAGAACGUGGAUUAUUGGUAACCACCUGCUGCAUUAUAAGUUCUGCAGGAAAUGCUUUACCACCAGCUAUGAUCUUUCCCAGGGUUAAUUUCAAGCCUCACAUGUUACACGGAGCUCCAUCAGGAACCUUAGGCCUCGCUACCCCAUCGGGUUGGAUGAAUUCUGAGCUUUUCGUAUCUGUUAUUAAGCACUUUAUUUUUCACUCUGGCAGUUCAAAGUUGAAUCCAACCUUGCUACUGUUCGAUAAUCAUGAAAGUCACCUUUCAAUUGAAACCCUGAACCUGGCUAAAGACAACGGAGUUGUUAUUUUAACACUGCCGCCCCAUUGUUCUAAUAAACUACAACCAUUGGAUGUAUCAGUAUUUGGGCCAUUCAAGACCUAUUAUAACAGUGCAUUGGACUCAUGGAUGAUGACAAAUCCUGGAAUUCCAGUUACAAUAUUCCAGAUUGCCGAGUGCGUUGGAUAUGCGUUUGACAAAUCCAUGACCCCUAACAACAUCAAAGCAGGUUUCAAAAAAUGUGGCAUUGUGCCAUUUGAUAGCCACGUUUUUGGAGAUGACGAUUUCCGAAUGAGCAGCGUCACUGAUAGGGAGGAACCUUCAAAAACAAGCCAAGGAGAAAUUACUGUUGAAACACCUACUGACAAAAGCGAAGUUUUAGAAGCUCAUACAGGCAAUAAGGAAAUUGAAUUAUUAAACAGAACUCCUGAAAAAAAUACUUCAGAAGCGAUUAACUUUAAAUCCCCGGAAGAACUAUUUGGAUAUCCAAAAGCCAAACCAAGAAAAACCUCUAAUCCCAGAAAGAGGGGUUAA